CUCAUCCGCUCGCGGUCGGGUGACGAUGAUGCUCCCGGAGGAGCCAGGACGACGUGGAGAGCCCUUGGCGAGAGCUACGCUCGCCAACAUGAACACCUUUAAGGAUCUUAACGACGAGCCUCCUUUGUUACAAGCCAUAUUUCAUGGAAAUGUGGAAGCGGUUCGUACUUUGCUGUCACAGAAAGAAGAUGUUAAUUGGCAAGACAAGGAGCAGCGCUCCCUUUUACAUGCGGCAGCAUACAGGGGAGAUACCGCUAUUGUAGAACUUCUUUUGUUAAAUGGUGCAGUGGUCAAUAGUAAAGAUAAGAAAUGGUUGACACCUCUGCAUCGAGCCUGCUGUUCGGGCAAUUACAACGUAGUGGAUAUUCUGUUGAGAUACAAGGCGGACGUGAACGCCCGUGAUCGUAGUUGGCAGACGCCUCUUCAUGUGGCAGCUGCAAAUAAUGCUGUGCAAUGCGUAGAACUUUUAAUACCACAUUUAUUAAAUAUCAAUGUCACAGACAGAGGUGGAAAAACAUGUCUUCAUCAUGCGGUGUACAACGGACAUUUUGAGAUGUGUGAAUAUCUAAUGCAAUUUGGUUGUGUGAUAAACGCCUCAGACAAGAAAGACCGAAGAGCCUUGCAUUUUGCAGUGUACAAUGGCCACAAUGAGAUUGUGAAAACACUAAUAGCCAAAGGCGCAGACGUGGACGUUAAAGAUCGAGACUUAUAUACUCCAUUACAUGCAGCAGCCGCUUCCGGUAGUGUAGAAUGUGUGCAAAUUUUAAUUGAGGCUGGCGCCGAUAUUGAGGCUAAAAAUGUCUAUGGAAAUACACCGCUGCAUAUCGCGUGCUUGAACGGACGUUCCCUCGUAGUCAAGGAACUUAUAGCUAAUCACGUUAAUUUAGAAGCCGUGAAUUAUCGAGGGCAAACCGCGUUGCAUGUUGCUGCCGCCAGUACCGGUGGUGCCGACUGUUUCCAAAUGCUAAUAUACAACGGAUUGAAGGUCAACGUUCAGUCGGAGGACGGUCGUACGCCGUUACACAUGACUGCAAUUUACGGAAGAUUCACGAGAUCUCAAACGUUGCUAGACGCGGGAGCUUUUCCAGACGCGAGAGACAAAAAUGGGAAUACGUCAUUACACAUUGCCGCCUGGUUUGGCCACGAGGCUUUGACGACAUCUCUACUGGAAAGUGCUGCGUCUCCGGCUACACGCAACGCACAACAACGCACACCUUUGCAUUUAAGUUGUUUAGCGGGACAUAUAGAAGUUUGUAGAAAAUUAUUACAACUCGAUAGUAGGCGAAUUGAUGCGCGAGAUAUCGGUGGCAGGACAGCCUUACACUUGGCAGCAUUUAAGGGUUCCGUAGAUUGUUUGGAUUUACUCUUAUCUAGCGGCGCCAAUUUCCGUCUUGCCGAUAACGACAAUCGAUUGGCGCUUCACCAUGCCGCAUGUCAAGGACAUUAUCCUUGCGUUUUUACUUUGGUCGGGUUCGGCAGCGAUUCAAAUGCUCAAGAUGUGAACGGCGCGACGCCGUUACAUUUGGCCGCAGCGGCGUCAAAUUCUAACGCUCAAUCCUUCAAGUGCGUGCAGUACUUACUGCAACAUCGGGCAGAUCCGCGUUUACGUGACAAACGCGGUUUUACUGCGAUCCAUUACGCGGUGGCGGGCGGCAACAAAGCGGCAUUGGAGGCUCUUCUGAAUGCAUCGUCGUCACCGCCGCCUUCAAAUCUGACCACUUCGCUCAACUCUUCGACCGGGCAGGAGUUAUCUUUACCGGCACUCACGCCGAUACAUCUCGCGGCGUAUCAUGGUCACGAUGAGAUCUUGCAGCUGCUUCUGCCCUUGUUUCCCAAUACGAAUAUUAAGGAAGAUAGUGGAAAGACGCCUCUAGACUUGGCCGCCUACAAGGGGCACAAACAGUGUAUCGUGCUUUUGUUACGAUUCGGUGCUUCAGUGGCAGUGCAAGACUUUGUUACGAGACGUACGCCCAUGCAUUGCGCCGCCGCAACAGGUCAUGCGGAUUGCUUGGCGCUUCUUCUGCAGCACAUGGACGACCCUAACGCGGUAAAUUGUUAUGAUUCUAAGCAGCGCACGGCUCUAACGCUGGCGGUAGCAAAUAACUAUCCGGAAUGCGCGAUGCUACUUCUGACGUACAAAGCCGACUGUAAUUUACCAGACGUUAACAAGCACACGCCACUGUUUCGUGCGGUGAUCAACGAACGCGAUAAUCAGUUGGUGAAAUUGUUGUUGAAGCAUGGCGCUCAGGUGGCUAUGCAAGAUAUGAACGGUAAAACACCGUUACACUUAGCGGCGGCUUGCGGCAGACUGUAUGCUUUAGCCGCGCUCGUUAAAGCUGAUCCGACCGCGGCAGCUUUGAAAGACGAUCAAGGCUGCACGGUGCUACAUUGGGCCUGUUACAACGGUAACUCGAAUUGUGUAGAGUAUCUUUUGAAUCAUAACGUGUUUGAUUCUUUGGAAGGUAAUCCGUUCUCCGCUGUGCAUUGCGCUGUAUAUCAGGGAUCGGCGCACUGCCUAGAUUUGCUGAUCAACAAGUUUGGUGGACAAGCGGUUGCUGCUCCAAGAGAUUCGUCCUGUGGCUUAUUACCGUUGCAUGUCGCCGCUAGUGCAGGAUCCGUCGAGUGCGCGCGAUUAAUUCUGAACUCUGUCGGACCAGAACUAGCCGGACUUGAGACAACCGAUUAUUUCGGUCGAACGCCGCUUCUUUGCGCGGCUGUCAAUGGACAGUGCAACGCUAUCGAGUUGAUGCUUGAAUGGAAAGCCAACGUGCGCGCUGUCGAUUCCAAUAAGAAUACAGCGUUGCACUUAGCAUGUCAAAGACGUCAUUCUGCCGCAGCGUCGUUACUUUUAAACUGGAUCGAGAACUGCAGUUUUGAUACCGAUAAGAACACGUCGCAAUCGCAACGCGUUUCCGUUAUUAACAUGAUUAACAAGCAGCAGAGAACGCCGUUACAUCUGGCAGCGAGAAACGGCCUUGUGACGAUCACGCGACGCUUGUUGCAAUUGGGCGCGAGCGUCGUAGCUGUUGACGCUGAAGGACUCACACCCGCCUUGGCCUGUGCCCCAAAUCCAGCAGUAGCCAAAUGUCUAGCAACUAUUCUCGCUGCACAGGGUCAAAAUGGGGAAACCGCACAAUACUCACCGGCUAUUCAGCACACGUUGGAGGUGUACCUGAAUGGCGUGGACUCGCAGCACAGCUCCGACUCAGAGUUUUACUGACAACGAGCGUCGAUACGCUCGGAUCAUCGAAUGUUCCGGGCGAGAACGAACGUCGACUCGAGACGCAACCACAUUGACGCUAGAUUGAUGUGGACGAGUUGUUGGUUCUUUUCUGUUCUAGCGUAAUUAGCGUCCAAUUCCGAUGAGCCGAAUGAGAUUGUCAAACGAGCCAAUCUUCGAUGAUUAGCCUCAUAAGUAGUAAUCGUGACAAUACCGGUGUCUGUGCUAUCGAAAAUUCGAUAGAGCAAUUAAUCGACUGCCAAGAAGGGUUGUAUGUAUGAAUGUACGUACGUGCGUUAAUCAUAUGGCUUGUUCUUUUUCGCUGUACUGCUAUACUGGAGUAACAAGUUAGAGUAAGACAAAUAUAUUUUUUCUCAUUCUAACUUAUUGCACCAAUGUAGCAGUGCAGCGAAAAAGAACAGGCCAAUAAUUACUUAAUAGGCAUAUUUAGGAGAGCUGUACAGUAAUCGAAAGUCAUCUUUCCGUUCGUGUAAUUAUAUACAUGCAUGAGGUACAGUAUUGUCUUAAUCUGGGGAUAUUUAUAAAAAUCAAAUGUUAUAAUUUUAUUUUGAAAUUUGUCAAUUAGAAUAAACGUACAAUAACG